AUGGAGGUGAGCAACCAGGAGUUAGAUCAAAUUUUAAAAAGAAGAUUUGAAGAAUUCAGAUACAUGGUCUACAAAGACAUGGAAGAAGUACUAGAAAGAAAAAAGCAAGUCAUGAACGAGAACCUUAACAAUAUGAAAAAUCACCUUCAUACCAUCAUCAAUUCUAACAACCAAGAGCGCAAAGAACUAGAAAAUGAGCUUUUUAGGAUCAAGCAAGAAAAAUCACAAGCAAACAGGUGGGCUUUUAUUUUCUGCAAUCGAGGGUUAGGCGAUAAAUCACUCCGCGAAGUGUUUGACCAUUGGAAAUAUUAUAUUUCUCUUCAGAGGAAAAAGAAAAGAAACAUUAGGUACACCCACAACUUUUAUAAACGUAACCUGAUGAGGAAGCUUUUCCGUGAUUGGAAAAAUAUCACCUUUAAUGGCACUUUUUCUUCUACAAUAUAUGAUUUUUUUCCUAUUUUUUUUCCCAAAACUAAUUUUUCCCAUCAUUUUCUUAUAAAAACAAUCCAAAAAAUGUAUAGAAAUCGAUAACACCCAUCGUGAAAAAUCGAACAAAAAAUGCGAAGCCAGAAUCCAAGCUGCUAUUGAAAAUGCAAUUCAAGGGACAAACCAAGAAUUAGCGACUUUAAGAAAAUACGCAGAAGAUUUAAUUUUGGACUUAAAAAAUGAGACUGUCGCUAAAAAUAAUCUAAAAGUCCUAUAUGAAAAUGCAAUUUUAAGAGGAAUGACCGCCUUGCAGCAAGAAAGCGUAAAUAUUCAAGAAGCGAAUUUGAAAAUAAGGGAAGGAUAUCAAUACUCUCAAUAA